GGAGAGUGAGAGAGAGAGAGAGAGAGAGAGAUAAUACCUCCUGAAUGCAUGAUGAAUUUAGUCAUCGGGCUUAGACUGACAGGAACUGGUUAUACUGUAGCAGUGGAGUGCAGCGUUGAGCGUGCGUGCCUGCAUGUGUGAGAACCAGACUAUGCUCUGAGGCGUUCCAUCAUCCUUUGCUCUCCUGCAGUCUCUCUCUCUCCCUCUCUCUCUCCCUCUGUAUCUCUCUCUCUCUCCCCCUCUCUCUCACUCUCUCUCUCUCCAGCCUCCUUCUCCUGAAGAGAGGGGAGUCACGCUACAGCCAGAGAGAACGCAACACAACGACAAAGAUCUGCAAAGGCAAAAGGAUUGUCUCUUUUUCCGUGUAGCGCCGCUGCGCCUCUGAGCUCAGAAGCAGAGGGGGGGGAGCAGAGAGGACACACGCAGAACACCUCGUGCUUCUCCUUUUACUUUCUUUUUUUCCCUUCUUUUUUUUUUUACACAAUCGGGAGAGAGAGAGAGAGUGCUCAUUAAAUCCAGGAGCCCAAGGGAAGCCUCUUUCUGCAAGCAACCCUCCUCCCCGCCCCCCUGAGAAGCAAGCAUGCUUAACAACCUGCCUGAGUGUGAGGAGGGGGACGGAGGGCAAAACAGCCAGGGUGAUGGGAUCCCCAAGGAGAGCAGCCCAUUCAUCAACAGCAGCGAUGUGGAGAAGAGCCAGCAGUAUGAGGGCAAGAACAUGGCCCUGUUUGAGGAGGAGAUGGACACCAGCCCUAUGGUCUCCUCACUGCUCAGCAGUCUGGCUAACUACUCCAACCUGCCCCAGGGGAGUAAGGAGCAUGAGGAGGCCGAGAAUAACGAGGAGUCACGCAAGAAGCCCAUCAAGGCUCCGCAGAUGGGCACUCUGAUGGGGGUGUACCUCCCCUGCCUGCAGAACAUCUUUGGGGUGAUCCUCUUCCUGCGGAUGACCUGGGUGGUGGGCAUCGGCGGGGUGAUGGGCUCCUUCAUCAUCGUCUUCAUGUGCUGCUCCACUACCAUGCUGACCGCCAUCUCCAUGAGUGCCAUCGCCACCAACGGAGUCGUGCCAGCCGGGGGGUCCUACUACAUGAUCUCCCGCUCGCUGGGCCCAGAGUUUGGGGGCGCCGUGGGAAUCUGCUUUUACCUGGGGACCACCUUCGCAGGGGCCAUGUACAUUCUGGGCUGCAUCGAGAUCCUGCUGAUCUAUAUCGUUCCCCAGGCAGCCAUCUUUAAGAUGGAGGGUCUGGAGGGCCCGGAUGCUGAGGCGGCCUUGCUGAAUAACAUGCGUGUGUAUGGUACCUGUGUGCUCUCCUUCAUGGCCAUCGUGGUGUUCGUCGGCGUCAAGUACGUCAACAAGCUGGCCCUCGCCUUCCUAGCCUGCGUCAUCUGCUCCAUCCUGGCCGUCUAUGCCGGGGUCAUCAAGACAGCCUUUGAACCCCCCGACUUCCCAGUCUGCAUUCUGGGAAAUCGAACUCUGGUCACUAAGGGCUUUGACGUCUGCGCCAAGGUCAUCGAGAAGGACAACGGCACCGUCACCACCAAGCUGUGGAGGAUGUUCUGCGACUCCGAGUUCCUCAAUGCCACCUGUGAUGAGUACUUUGUCAACAACAACAUCUCCCAGAUCCAGGGCAUCCCUGGGGUCACCAGCGGCAUCCUGGCAGAGAACCUGUUUGGCAACUACAUGGAGAAGGGGAUGAUGUUAGAGAAACGAGGCAUUCCCGCAGUGCAGGACCCGGAUGAACCCCUGACCAACACCAACCGCUACGUCCUGGCCGACAUGACCACCUUCUUCACCCUGCUGGUCGGCAUCUACUUCCCAUCUGUCACAGGGAUCAUGGCAGGUUCAAACCGGUCAGGUGACCUGAAGGACGCCCAGAAGUCCAUCCCAAUUGGCACCAUCAUGGCCAUCACCACUACAUCCCUAGUGUACAUGUCGAGUGUGAUCCUGUUUGGAGCCUGCAUUGAGGGCGUGGUGCUUAGGGACAAGUUUGGGGAGGCGGUCAAUGGCAAUCUGGUGAUUGGCACGCUGGCCUGGCCGUCUCCGUGGGUGAUCGUGUUUGGCUCCUUCUUCUCCACUUGCGGGGCGGGCCUGCAGAGUCUGACAGGAGCACCGCGUCUCAUGCAGGCUAUCGCCCGCGACGGCAUCGUCCCCGCCCUCAGGGUGUUUGGCCAUGGCAAGGCUAACGGGGAGCCCACCUGGGCCCUACUCCUGACCGCCUGCAUCUGCGAGAUCGGGAUUCUCAUUGCCUCCCUGGACGCUGUGGCCCCCAUCCUCUCCAUGUUCUUUUUGAUGUGCUACAUGUUUGUAAACCUGGCCUGCGCCCUUCAGACCCUACUGCGCACCCCCAACUGGAGACCCCGUUUCAAGUUCUACCACUGGGCUCUCUCCUUCCUGGGCAUGAGCUUGUGUCUGUCGCUGAUGUUCAUCUGCUCCUGGUACUACGCCAUCGUCGCCAUGGUGAUCGCCGGGUGUAUCUAUAAGUACAUCGAGUUCCGCGGGGCGGAGAAAGAGUGGGGUGACGGUAUCCGGGGCCUGUCCCUCAGCGCUGCCCGCUACGCCCUCAUGAGGCUGGAGGAAGGGCCUCCACACACCAAGAACUGGAGGCCCCAGCUGCUGGUGUUGGUCAGUGUGGACAGGGAGCAGAAUGUGGAGCAGCCGCGGAUGCUGUCCUUAACCAAUCAGCUGAAGGCAGGGAAGGGUCUGACCAUCGUGGGGACGUUCCUGGAGGGCACCUUCCUCAACAACCACCCUGAGGCCCAGCGGGCCGAGCAGUCUCUGCGGAAGCUGAUGGAGACGGAGAAGGUGAAGGGAUUCAGCCAGGUGGUGAUCUCCUCCAACAUCCGCGACGCCACGUCUCACCUGAUUCAGACAGGCGGCCUCGGGGGACUGAGGCACAACACGGUGCUGGUGAGCUGGCCCCGAAACUGGAAGCAGGCCAAGGAUCACCAGGCUCUCCGCAACUUCAUCGAGGUGGUAAGGGAGACCACCGCUGCCCACCUGGCCCUCCUGGUGCCCAAAAACAUCUCGGCGUACCCAUCCAAUGGCGAACGCUUCACCGAGGGACACAUCGACGUCUGGUGGAUCGUUCAUGACGGAGGCAUGCUGAUGCUGCUGCCCUUCCUGCUGAGACAGCACAAGGUGUGGAGGAAGUGCAAGAUGCGCAUCUUCACCGUGGCCCAGAUGGACGACAACAGCAUCCAGAUGAAGAAGGACCUGACCACCUUCCUGUACCACCUGCGCAUCGAUGCGCAGGUGGAGGUGGUGGAGAUGCACGACAGCGAUAUCUCAGCCUACACCUACGAGAAGACCCUGGUGAUGGAGCAGAGGUCCCAGAUCCUCAAAGAGAUGCACCUCACCAAGAACGAGCGCGAGAGAGAGAUCCAGAGCAUCACAGACUCGUCCCGUGGAUCCAUUCGCCGUAAGAACCCGGGCAACAUGACCAAGCAGCUGAGCGAGGAGCAGCCCGGGGUCAGCAUAGAGGAGAAACCUGAGGAGGAGAUGCAGCUGAUCCACAACAAGAAUGCCACACCCACCCCAGCCAGCCCCACCUCCCCAACGCCGGAGGAGGCGGAGACACCUGGGACCAAGGUGCAGAUGACCUGGACGGAGACCACCUGCGACGGGGACAAGGGCCAGCCCAUCAGCGCCACCUCUCCGGAGGCCAUGAAGGACUUCUUCAGCAUGAAGCCGGAGUGGGAAAACCUGAACCAAUCAAACGUCAGGCGCAUGCACACCGCAAUGAGGCUGAACGAGGUCAUUACUAAAAAGUCCCAGGAAGCCAAGCUGGUUCUGCUGAACAUGCCGGGACCGCCCAAGAACCGGACCGGAGAGGAGAACUAUAUGGAGUUCCUGGAGGUUCUGACUGAGGGCCUCAAUCGUGUUCUCCUGGUGCGGGGUGGGGGGCGUGAAGUCAUUACUAUUUACUCCUGAGGGGCCUGCCCCCCAACACCCUCACCCCACCCCUCCACCCCUGCCUCUCCACCGACUGAACCGCCACCACCCUCACACCAACCGGCACCAUCUACACUGUCCCUCUCCCAAAGUUUCACUACAUUACACAGUCAGAGACACACAGAAACUCAUCAUACACGCAUAUAUAAACACACACAUACAGAUACACACACACACACACUCACACACACACACACACACCACCCUCAGUAUGCAGAGCAGAGAAUGGCCAGCAGGGCCUGUGUGGCUCCUCUGAUUGGCUGAGAGGGCUUCUCUUUGGCCUGGUUCAUUCUGCUGCCUGUACUCUUGGUUGAGGAACAUGUUCCCCCGAUCUCCACACCCCGUGCUGACCCCCCCCCCC